GUCACCAAAGAGUUCAUGGACAAGACAUGCCAUGAGGAGCGCUUGGCAGUGGUCCGCGUUUUCUCCACGGACGAGGAGGUGAUGCUGUUGAACGACUCCGGCAUGAUGUGGGAGUCCGUCAUGCCGUGCAUGACGAAGUCCAACAAGAGCAUGAUCGACCUUAUCCUGGUCUAUAGCAAGGAUCUGUCCAAGAACAUGAUGGCCCAGCAGGUGGUGAUGGACUUGGAGGAUGGGUUCAAGAUGAAGAUGGACAUGGACAUGUACAACUCCACCAACAUGACGAACGGCACCAUGUACAGCUGGAUGAAGUGCUUCUCAAACAUCAAGCACAUGUCAGCCAUGCUGAAUCCGGAGCAAGAUGUGUACGACAGCAACGGUUACACCACGAACAAGCACUGGGUUUCCGGUCCGAAUACCGUCUUCAAGAGCAUCAUGGACGCCAUGUAUGCAGGUCCUUACAUGAACAUGUACGACUCCUUUUUCCUGAUGGAGAUGGACGCUGUGCCCAUCAAGAAUUAUUGGCUCGACCAGUUCGAGAUGGAGGCCCACGAAAUGCCGGACAACAACAUGGCUGUGCGGGGCAGCCAGUACCUGGGCGACAAGUGGGAUCUCUUCAAGCACAUGAUGCCGGAGUACUUGGUGGAGCACAUCAAUGGCAAUGCCAUCUACAACCUCAAGCACAACUGGACCCAGUUUUUGUACACCUCCUUCACGGCCCAUGGCCCUAUGAACAUGAUGGAGGAAAUGGCGUUCGACGUGGCAUUCGCCAUGGUCACCAUGGCGGCCAUGAGCGGGGAUCCGGGGUUCGCACCAAGCUGGAUGGAGUGCAAAGGCACCAACAUGACCUACAACGCGAACACGAUGCUUGUGGGAAACUAUGCCAACACCCUCCUGAACACGAGCUUCGAGUUCCCGACCUACAUCCGCCAUGGCUCCAGUAAGAACCUCUUCAUGAACCUGCCGGACAACGACGUCACGUUGGGCGUGGCCUACUUCGAUCAGCAGGGCCACCUGCGCGAGACGGUUCCGACGAAUCAUCCGUUCAAGAAGAUUUUGGGCCUUGCCUACUUUGAUACAACGAUGGCAGAUGAGGAGAUCCCUGCACCAGGUGGCAACGUCACCUUGAAGAUGCAGAAAGCCACCUACGAGCCCAUGUAUCACUUGUGUGAGGUUGCCAAGUUGGUUGACACCAAGUGGUUUGCGCUCACCGACAACUAUCACAUUGUGAAAGCCCCGGUGAGCGUUCUGAUGGAGACGAUGGACAAGCCCGUGCUGCCGUACGUCUUGAAGG